AUGCAUUUUAACAGGCCAGACUGUUCACCGUUUACUAGAAAACUGAAAGAAUUCGGGCGAUGGCUCUGGGGAUACCGUAACUACCUGAUCAUCUACAUCACUCCGUUCCUGAUACUUCCUCUGCCGUUGCUUGCCCCUUCCUCGCAAGCAAAUUGUGGCUAUGUAAUCAUCCUGAUGGCACUGUACUGGUGUACAGAGUGUAUCCCGCUUGCGGUCACUGCACUGAUCCCAAUCAUACUUUUCCCAUUCCUGGGCAUCAUGGAGUCCGAACAGGUGUGUAUGUUGUACCUGAAAGACACCAACAUGCUGUUCAUUGGUGGUUUGCUGGUGGCGAUAGCUGUAGAACACUGGAACUUACACAAGCGAAUCGCACUAGGGGUCCUGCUGAUAGUGGGUGUUCGGCCUGCUCUGUUGAUGUUAGGCUUCAUGAGCGUCACAGCUUUCCUCUCAAUGUGGAUCAGUAACACCGCUACUACUGCUAUGAUGCUGCCCAUCGCCCAGGCCGUGCUGGAGCAGCUCAGUAAAACCGAAGCUGAGAGAGACGACAGAGAACUGAGAGAAGGCAGACACAACCAGGCUUUUGAGAUGGGUGAAAUCCCCAACACCAAAGUUCCUUUCAACAUCCAAACCCAACAAGAGAUCUCAGUUCAGGAGCCGGAUUUUGAAGCCGAGCAAAAAAGGCAGGCUCGGGAACAGAGGUAUCUCUGGCUGAAUAAAGGGAUGAGCUUGAGUGUGUGCUACUCUGCCAGCAUCGGGGGCACUGCCACCCUUACAGGCACCACACCAAACCUUAUCCUUAAAGGACAGAUGGAUACGCUGUUCCCUGGUAAUCCUAAUGUGAUCAACUUUGCCAGCUGGUUUGGCUUUGCGUUUCCCAACAUGGUGCUGAUGCUGCUUUUGUCCUGGCUGUGGCUGCAGUACAUGUAUUUGGGUUUAAAUUUUAAGAAGACCUUUGGCUGUGGGUCGAGAAACGCCAGUGACCAAGAGGCCUACAGAGUGAUAAAGGAGGAGUAUAGGAAACUGGGAAGAAUGAAAUUCGCCGAAGCUGCUGUUCUUACGGUGUUUGUGUCGUUGGUGGUGCUGUGGUUCAGCAGAGACCCAGGUUUCAUGCCAGGCUGGGCUUCCACCCUUAAUCAAAGUGGACCGUUUGUUACUGAUGGAACUGUAGCCAUUUUUAUGUCCACUCUGUUGUUCCUCAUCCCAUCUCAACUCCCAGAGGUAUGCUUACCCAGAAGGGUAGAUGAACAUGAAGGAACAGAAGAAGGAGAACAGCCUGUGGAGGGGAGACAGAGGAAGCAUAAGGCUCCCCCAGCUCUGCUUGUAUGGAAGGUGGUGCACGAGAGGAUGCCCUGGAACAUUGUGCUGCUCCUGGGCGGUGGAUAUGCCUUGGCUACUGGCAGUGAGGAAUCUGGCCUGUCAAAGUGGCUCGGACAGAGUCUCUCCCCCCUUGAGAAAAUCCCUCCAUUUGCCAUCUCGCUACUGCUCUGUCUGCUGGUGGGAACGUUCACAGAGUGCUCCAGUAACACGGCCACAACGACACUCUUCCUCCCCAUUCUUGCUUCCAUGGCCAGAACUAUAAGGCUCCAUCCUCUGUACGUCAUGCUGCCCUGCACCAUCAGUGCCUCCUUGGCCUUCAUGCUGCCAGUGGCCACUCCACCCAACGCCAUCGCUUUCUCAUUCGGCACCCUCAAAGUGCUCGACAUGGCAAAGGCUGGCUUCAUGCUAAAUAUAAUCGGCAUCCUGACCAUCAACUUGGCGAUCAACACAUGGGGAACAGCCAUGUUCCAGCUCAACACCUUCCCCACGUGGACCAACGUUACUGGAACACCUUGAAAGCAAAAGGCGUGCUUCAGAAGAACGAAAGAAUGAUGAGAAGGCAGUGAGAGGAGAGCUGAAGGAAGGAAAAUGCAUGUUUCCCUGAAAAGGGGGUAAAUGUAUUAAUGUACAGUCUGUAGCAGAUCUCUCAGCGGCUACUCCACUGCAAUACUGAACAAAUAUUCACAGACUUUAUACAGAUCUAUAUGUUUAUUUAUUCAUUCUUUUUACACACCAUAAUAUAUGAAGUGAUUAACAAGACGUUCGUGUUCAGUAUUUAAGUAUGUAUAUGUCCAGGAUCUGUAAAUUCACAUCUAACCAAAAAAUGUGUUAACAAAAUGUCUAUGUGGAUCAAACUGGAGAAAAGGGUAUUAGCAAUACCUCAAAGUGCUGUAUGGAAGAAAGCUUAAACCGUGCAAUGGAAAACUUCAUGACCAUCAGGGGAGGCAUGUGAUGCUCUUGUCCCUCACCAGACUAAUAAUGCUGCGGAGUGAGACAGAGAGGAAACGUAAUGGGAAGUGUCACAGCAAAUACGAAACAAUACGAAUUGAUAAAAAAAAAAACUUUUAAAUAAAAACAUACUUCUCUGA